AUGCGGUGUCACUACGAGCUGUUGGGGGUGAGGAGGGACUGUACGGACGAUGACCUGAAGAAGGCCUACAGGAAGCUGGCGCUGAAAUGGCACCCGGAUAAGAACUUGGAUAGUGCGGAGGAGGCUGCAGAGCAGUUUAAAUUGAUCCAGGCAGCUUAUGAUGUCCUUGGCGACCCCCAGGAGAGAGCAUGGUAUGAUAACCACAGAGACGCCCUAUUAAAGGGAGGUGCAGAUGGAGAAUAUCAAGACGACAGUCUAGACCUAGUUCAGUAUUUCACUGUGACCUGCUACUCUGGAUAUGGUGAUGAUGAGAAGGGCUUCUAUGCUGUAUAUCGACGAAUCUUUGAGAUGAUUGUGAAGGAGGAAAUGGAAAGUAAGAUCAAUCAGGAUGAAGAAGAGGAAUACCCACCGUUUGGAGACUCCCAGAGUGACUAUGACAUGGUAGUGCACCCCUUUUAUGCUUACUGGCAGAGCUUCUGCACUGUAAAGAACUUUGCCUGGAAAGAGGAGUAUGACACCCGGCAGGCGUCCAAUCGCUGGGAGAAACGGGCCAUGGAGAAGGAAAACAAGAAAACUCGGGACAAGGCCCGGAAAGAGAGGAACGAGCUGGUCCGUGAGCUAGUGGCGUUUGUCAGAAAAAGGGACAAGAGAGUCCAGGCCCAUCGGAAGCUGGUGGAGGAGCAGAAUGCAGAGAAAGCCAAAAAGGUAGAGGAACUGCGAAGACAGCAGAAGAUACAGAAUGCCAAGCUGGCAGAGCAGUACAAGGAGCAGAGCUGGAUGGCCAUGUCUGAGCUGGAGAAAGAGCUGCAGCAGAUGGAAGCUCAGUAUGACCAGGAGUUUGGAGAUGGGAUGGAGGAUUAUGAAGAGGAAGUAGAUGAACAGCAGAAUGGCAAAGCCAGCGAUGAAGGCGAUGAGGAGGAGGAAUUGUACAGUGACCUAUACUGUCCUGCUUGUGACAAAGCCUUCAAGACUGAUAAAGCAAUGAAGAAUCAUGAGAAGUCUAAGAAGCAUCGGGAGAUGGUUGCUCUCCUGCGGCAGCAAUUGGAGGCUGAAGAGGAGGAGUACAGUGCUUCUGUCGGGGAAGACAGCAGUGUCCUGGAUGGAGGAGGGGAGGUGCUGUCUGAAGACCAGGAACCCGAGGAGACGUUAAAAUCAAAAUCAAGCAAGAAACAAAAAAAGAAAAAACAGAAAGGCUCUAAGGUGUCAGAAGAUGGCAUGCUGAUAAAAAAUGAUGAAGAAAACAGUCCAAAAAAUGAAACCAUACAACCUAAAGGGGAUGACACUAUCUUGAACACUGUCCCGAACAAUGACGCAGAGCCUCAAGACAACCUAAUCCAAGAUACAGAAACCGUGGAGGCUCCUGAAUCAACGAGCGAAGGAAAACCAGCACCAAAACUCAAAGGAAAGAAAGCGAAGGAAAUGAAGAAAGCUGCCAAAAUGGCAGCCGCACAGGAAAAUGAAGAACAGGCUUCUGCCCCCAUGCGAUGCAAUACCUGCUCUUCUGAGUUUUCAACGCGGAAUAAACUGUUUAGUCACCUGAAGUCCACAGGACAUGCACUGGCCACUGGUAACUCACUAGCAAAUGCAUCAGCCUCCAAGUCCAAAAAAGACAAACGGAAAAACAAAUGA